GCUCUUUUUUGAUAUCCAGAUCCCACUGAUGCAGAAUGAAGGGGCUGCAGUGGACGCUACUCGUGGUUUUGUGUUGUGCUGGAAUUGCAUCCUGCAUCACGAGGGAAUAUUUCAUUGCCAUUAAGGAGAUUCAGUGGGAUUAUGCUCCUAGUGGGAUAAAUCUGAUUCGGAACAAAACCAUAAAGGAGGAUGAAGAUGCACAGGUGUUUCUGGAGAGGGGCGAGCGUCGGAUUGGGCGGGUGUAUAAGAAGGCAGUGUACCAUCAAUAUACUGAUGCCACCUACAGGCAGGAGAUAGAAAAGCCGAAGUGGCUGGGCUACCUAGGGCCCCUCAUCAGUGCAGAGGAAGAUGACACGGUUAUUGUACAUCUGAAAAAUAUGGCCAAACGAGCGUACUCCAUUCAUGCUCACGGCCUGAGCUACAACAAGACUCAUGAAGGAGCUCUGUAUCCCGAUUCAUCAGAGAAGAUGGAGAAAACAGAUGAUUCUGUAGCCCCUGGGAAGUCCUUCACAUACAUUUGGACUCUACCUGCUUCCCACAGUCCUGCUAAAGAUGACACUAACUGCCUGACGAGAAUAUACCACUCUCAUGUUAAAGCCCCUAAAGACAUCGCCUCAGGUCUCAUUGGACCUCUCAUCAUAUGUAAAAAAGGCUCUCUGGAUGUCCAUGGCGAUAAGUCAGGUGACUAUCUUUACACCUUGAUGUUUACGGUGUCUGACGAGAAUCUCAGCUGGUAUUUGGAUGAAAACAUCAAGACUUACUGCUCAGCGACUGCCAAAGUCAACAAAGAUGAUGAGGGUUUUCAGGAGAGCAAUAAAAUGCACUCUAUUAACGGUUAUGUCUACGGAAAUUUGCCGGAUCUCAGUAUGUGUAUGGGCAAUAAGAUCCACUGGCACCUGUUUGGGAUGGGGAACGAGGUGGACAUUCACUCAGCAUACUUCCACGGACAGGUGUUGACGGACAGACAGCACCAUGUUGACACUGUCAGUCUGUUCCCGGCUACAUUUGUCAAUGUGGAGAUGGUGGCGGAUAAUCCCGGCCAAUGGCUGCUAAGCUGUCAAGUUAACGACCAUCUCGGAGCUGGCAUGCAAGCCAUUUUUGAGAUUAAGCAGUGUUUCCCAAAUGUGCAUAAACCCAGACCAUUUGGAGAAGUGAGACAGUAUUUCAUCGCCGCUGAGGAAAUCAUAUGGGAUUAUGGGCCGACGGAGAUAAACCAAUAUUCAGGAAAGAAACUUGUUGAUGACAGUGUAUCUGACACAUACUUUGAUAACUAUAAUGACCGCAUCGGGGGCAAAUACAAAAAGGUGCAAUAUGUGGAAUACACUGAUGCGACAUUCACCAAGCGCAAAGAGAGGACGCCUGAGGAGCAACACCUGGGCAUUUUAGGUCCAAUCAUCAGAGCGGAGGAAGAGGACACAAUUAAAGUGACAUUUAGAAAUAAAGCGAGCAGGCCUUACAGUAUUCAACCUCAUGGAGUGCAAUAUAGCAUCGAAAUGGACGGCACACUCUACCACAAUGUCCUUGAAGAGUCAUACACUGCCAAAAAGCUCCGGGAACUCAAGAAAGAAGCAAGAGUGGUCAAGCCACUUCCUGCUGCAAUGGUCCGUCCUGACACCACCUAUCAAUAUGAGUGGGUGGUGCCCAAGGGUGGAGGACCUACCAAAAAUGACCCUGACUGCAUCACCUACCUGUACUACUCUGCAGUGGAUCCCGUUCGUGACACCAACUCAGGGCUUGUUGGACCCCUUCUGAUCUGCAAACCCAAAACCCUAAAAUCAGGGAAGCAGAAAAAUGUGGAAAAAGAGUUUCACCUUUUCGCAACCGUGUUUGAUGAGAACUUGAGCUGGUAUUUGGAUGACAACAUCAACAGAUCCGUAAAACGGCCAAAAUCUGUCAAGAAAGAUGAUGAAGACUUUCAGGAGUCCAAUAAAAUGCACUCACUCAAUGGAUUCAUGUAUGGAAAUCUGAAAGGCUUGAAUAUGUGUAAAGGUGAUAAGGUGUCCUGGCAUCUGUCUGGUCUGGGAUCAGAAGCAGAUAUUCAUGGACUUUACUUUGAAGGCAACAGAUUCAUAUACAAAGGAACCAGGAAAGAUACCAUCAAUGUGUUUCCUCAUGUCUCUCACACUGUCAUCAUGGAGCCUGACAGCAUGGGUCAGUUUGAGGUGGUGUGUAAAACCACGGAUCAUUACCAUGCUGGAAUGAGAGCCAACUACACCGUGGAGAAGUGUCACUUUUGGAACCGUCAAUCUGAUAUGAUGAUGCAUCAGAAGAAGUAUUAUAUUGCUGCUGUGGAGAUGGACUGGGAUUAUUCGCCUAGCCGCACAUGGGAGGAGCAGUUGAACCAUAAUCUGAAGGACAGCCCAGGCAAUGAAUUCCUCAAGAAAGAGGGUAAAUUUAUCGGUUCAAAAUACAAGAAGGUUUUGUACCGAGAGUACACUGAUGAAACCUUCACCAAACCCAAAGACAGACCAGCUGAUAUGGAACACUUGGGGAUUAUGGGACCCAUGAUCCAUGGUGACGUGGGGGAAAAAGUGAAGAUUGUGUUUAAAAACAUGGCUAAGAGGCUGUACUCUAUACAUGCUCAUGGGGUUAAAACUGACAGUCCUCGGAUCACUCCAACACGUCCAGGUGAAACUCAAACAUACACAUGGUACAUACCAAAGACUGCUGGGCCGACAGAAGAACAAGAAGAAUGCAGUGUUGGAGCGUAUUACUCUAAUGUAGAUGUUAUCAAGGACAUGUACAGUGGUUUGAUCGGGCCUCUGGUCAUCUGCAGAAAAAAUCUGGCACGGAAACUGGGAUUCAAGAAAGAGCUUGAGGAGUUUGCUUUGCUGUUCAUGGUGUUUGAUGAGAAUCAAUCCUGGUAUCUGGAUGACAACAUCAAAACUCAUGUUAAAAAUCCUCCUAAAACGUUGAAGGAGGAUAAGGAGUUUAUUGAAAGCAACAAGAUGCACGGCAUCAAUGGCUUAGUCUAUGGAAAUCUUAAAGGGCUCAACAUGCGGGUGGGAGAUAAAGUAUACUGGUAUCUGAUGGGGAUGGGUAAUGAGGUGGACAUACACACUGCACACUUUCAUGGACACAGCUUUGACUACAAGAUUGGUGGUACUCAUCGAGCAGACGUGUUUGAUCUGUUCCCCGGAAUGUUCCAGACGGUGAUCAUGCGUCCACUGUAUACUGGCACAUGGCUGCUACACUGUCAUGUGACCGACCACAUACAGGCCGGAAUGGCGACAACAUACACAGUACUCGACAAAGAUGGAAAAAAGAGGGGCUUCCUGGGUUUGUUUGGUAGAGGUUAAAUAACCCCUUGUGUGUAACAGGAAGUGUGCUUUUUUUUUUACCUGACUUUUCUAAAUGAACAAUUGUAAUUGUACAUGAUGCUUUCAUUGUCUCUGUAUGCAAAAGAAAAGAAUACAAUUUCCUAUCCUGGGUUAAAGUAAUUGUUAAAAAGCAUAUUUAAAAAAUAUUUGUCUAAAUUAAGGUAAGACUAAAAAGUGAGUUAUCGUAGUACUAGAAUAAUUAUUAAAAUAUAAUAAAUGAGUACACAAGAAUAUUUCAGAUAUGAGCAGUACACAAGAUGCUGUAAAUCAAUGUAAUUUAUGAACAAAAACUGCAUAAGACUUUUAAACAUAUUGUGAUUCAAUCUAAAAUAUGAGAUGAUAUAUGCAUUAUGGGUAAUUUGCACAAACAUUUGACAUCAUGAGAUGAAGAUACAUAACAUUUCCACAAAUUCAGUG